UGGCUACGCGUCGGCCCUGGCACAAAACGGCCCAGCUGUCAGUGGCUCAGGGGCUUUGGCUUGCACAUUCGCCGAUACUACGUACUCCGUGAACAGUUACGAACUUCUACAAGGCUGCAAGCACAUUUGUGGACCAGUAGUGGGAAGACACCCAAGGAUGUCUCAGGCGUGAAAGACAAAUUCCAAGAGUACUAGUCCGCCAAACAACCACGGAUAUCACAGGCAUGUCCGCCGACCUCUUCGCUGAAUUCGAGAGCGGCGACUCUCAGCCGCCUCAACAACCAAGCCAAGGCGUCUUCAACCGGCCUGCAGGCUUCGGUCAUAGUGCUCAGAGAUUCUCUGUACCCUCGUACGCACAGCCCGGGCAUGGCCAGCAGCCUCAUCAGCAACCAUCGCCUGCUCCCGGGCCAUUUUCCGCGCAAGGAUGGAACUUCCAGAGUCAGGCUGCUGCGAACAAUCCAUGGCCAGCCAUCGAUCCCAAACAAAACACCAAGAAUAGUUCGCAGUUGGGCAAUGAUGCUACCCAAGAUGAGGACGACGAUGAUGCGUGGGGCGAUUUCGAAGUUGCUGCGCCCCAAACCCAGCCUGCACAACCGUCACCGGCUCUGCAGGCUUCAGGAGGACAAUUGCCAGGGGUUGCACCUUCGAAUCAGGCCGCUUUCGCAGGAUUAGACAGCUGGGAUGGCCCUUCAAAGCAAGAGGCUGUCCCUCCUCCGAGGACCCGGAUCGUACGAGCAUCGACAAUGGAUCUGCUCACAAACAACCUUCUGAGCACCGGGACCGUCACACCGGCGCCAGAGAAGCAGAAGAAAUCGGCUUUUAAGCAAGACGAUUUCUUCGGCUGGGACGAGGUGGCGCCAAGCAAUACCACAAAACCAGCGGUUGUGCCCAAACCAUCGGCGCAACCAAAACUAUCGGCAAAGCCGCUGCCUCGUGAUUCAUCGUCCAAUGUUCUCUUCGACGCAGAUGACUACGGAGAAGGUAUUGAUCUGGGAGACGAGGAUGACGACGACGAUGACUUUGGGGAUUUUGAGUCUGGAGCCACAACCCUCGAGAAGCCCGCGCAGGACCUUCUUUCACUUGAUUUUGCAGCGGUUCCAACCGCCAAGGCUCCUGGUGUCAUGUCAUUAGCAAAUCUGAACAUCAAUGACUCCAGCCUGUCGCGAUUUCCAGCACCAAAAUCACCCUCAUAUCAAGAGAGGAACCCAUUUCCAGGACUCUCUGUCACAACACCUCCAUCGGACUUGUCUCGGAAGCUGGAGCCUUCCUCCAACGCAACACCGACUACUGCAUGGCCGUCUGCAGGGGCAGGCAAUAAGAGCCCAAUUCCAGAGGAUAACUGGGGCGCUUUCGAAGAUUUUCCGGACGAGCCAAAGAAGGCUGUUCAGACUGAGAAGCCAACGCCAAAGCCAUCAAUGACGAAAGCGAAGAAGGUGACUCGGGCCAAACCUGCGAAGGAGGAAUCAGAUUGGGAUUGGGGCUUUGACGAAGAAGAAAAGGCUCCUGUGCCGAGCAAAAGUGGUGGAUCAGGCCCGUCUACAAAGCUGGACUCAUCAUGGGACUGGGACUCGGCUGAACCGCAGCCUUCGAAGACCACUUCGCACGUCAAAGACGACGUGCCUCCGAUCAACAUCCCUCCCCCGUCCGUUCUGAUAUCCAUAUUUCCACAGCUGUUGGGCCAGGCAAACACAUUCCUGUUCAAGCCCACAGCCAAGCAAGCACAAUCAGUCAAGGACCGAAUCCUUGCGGACCCAAAGACGCUGGAAUUCCUACGGGGCUAUCUGACGUUGGCUCGAGUUGCGGCACGCGUGAUCGCUGGUCGCAAAUCACGCUGGCACCGGGACAAAUUUCUGGCACAAUCAAUGUCCAUCUCCGCUGCUGGCAGCAAAGGCAUGAAGUUGGCAGGAGUCGACAAGGCGCAAGCAGCCCGUGAGAGCCGAGAAGCCGGAGAUGUUGUGGACUUGUGGAAGGAGAAUGUUGGACGACUCCGAUCGGCGGUGGCGGCCGUCAAUCCUACCAUACCAGAUGCAGCCUCGCAGCUCCGGGUGCCAGAGCUAUCGGAAAGCAUGCACGUCACCACUGCCAAAGAUGUACCGGCAGCAGUCAAGGCGUGCAUCAUUUGUGGAUUGAAGAGAGAGGAACGGGUGAGCAAGGUCGAUUUCACAGUUGAAGACAGCUUUGGGGAGUGGUGGUCUGAUCACUGGGGUCAUGUCGAGUGCAAGAGGUUCUGGCUGGAGCAUGAAACUGCACUGCGGCAGCGGUAGCUAGGCCCGUGAUACUUCUUCAAGCGUACAACGAUGCCUUCAGAGAAAACUGGAAUGUGUCAAAGACUGUAUUGUAUGCCAUCCGCCUGUCAUUCAGAGCAACGCGAACGACCAUUCUGCUGUGGACAAACCAGGAUUGGCCCGAAGAGCAAACGUUUCUCGAUGGCGUGUGAAUCAU